AAUCUGAUCCUAGAUCAAGCAUUGCAGAAACUAGCUACACCAUCACAUCUACACUAUAUGCUAUGCUGAAGUGCUUUAUGAAUUUCAUCAAAGGAACAUUUCGGCAUUGCUAAGUGGGAACCUAAUUUGCUGUGUUGGAAUAAAAGCAAUCCCUGUCACAGUAUGCUGAUGCUUAGAACAUGCUUCUGUCAAGGUUUAAGAGCUCUCUGCUUAUUCUCUCUGUUCAUUGGAGUUAAGGCUCAGCUUGAAGAUGUAAAUGAACCAACAGCUACAAUCGUAGCCCCUCUAAACUCUGCUAGUAUGGAAAGCAUAAGCAAUGGUAAAGAUAGUGCAGAAGUUCUAGAAACUACAUCACCACAUACUGUCUAUAGCCUUCCAUAUAUGCAUGACAGUGUUCUAGAAAGGAAAAACUUCUUAAGUCAUCAGGAUGUUUGGCCUGUACCAUCAUCUAUACCAGAAACAAAUGAAAAGCAAAAUGUUCCUUCUAGAAAGAAACCACCAUCUCAAAAACAAGUCAAUGCUGCAAGAAGACGCUUACGGCCUAGAACAACCCCAGCAACACAGAACAGGGCGGCCAUUGUGACAACAGAUCAACAUGUAAAUUCAUCUUCCUUUACAGACAGACUUGCAGAAGGGGAUGACGUUACUAUGACAAUAGAAUCAAGGCUUGCAGGAUCUGAAGUACCACUGAUGUUUGCUGAAAGAUGGCAAGGAAUGCCAACCACUCAACCACCUGCUCAGAUUGCUCAACAUGCCAGUCAGUUUUCAAACCAGCCUUCUCAACAAACAAAUCUAGACUAUAUAAGGCAGUCGCCUCCUGAUAUUUCUGGGGAUCAUAAUGAUAAAUCUAUCUUGUCUCACAUAAAUAAUGCUAAUAGCAGAAGAACUGAAUCAAUAGUUCCAGAACUUGAAGAAACAACAACAUCAACCAUCAUAACCACCACUGUAAUCACCUCAGAACAACCACCAGUUCUGUGCAGCGUAAACUUCUCCGAGCCAGAAGGAUACAUUGAUUCGGCAGACUAUCCCCCAUUACCAAUGUACAGUUAUUUGGAGUGCAUCUAUAAUGUGACAGUGUACACAGGCUAUGGUGUGGAACUACAGGUUAAGAGCGUAAACCUUUCAGAGGGUGAACAGCUUUCCAUCCGUGGAGUCAUUGAAAAUGGUUUGGUGGUUCUUGCGAAUGAGACACUUCUUGUUGAGGGGCAAAUGAUUCGAAGUCCAAGCAACAGCAUUUCAGUUCACUUCAGGACCUUUCAAGAUACAAUACCAGGGACAUUUCAGUUUCAUUAUCAAGUUUUUAUGCUGAGCUGUGAUUUCCCCCGAAGGCCUGAUUAUGGAGAUGUCAGAGUAAUGGAUUUACAUGCUGGAGGAACUGCCCACUUCCACUGUCAUCUGGGAUAUGUGCUUCAGGGACAAAAAAUACUGACCUGUCUCAAUGCAUCCAAACCACAAUGGAGUCCCAAGGAACCCACCUGUUUAGCUGUUUGUGGAGGACACGUGCAAAAUGCAACAAUUGGGAGAAUCUUGUCACCCAAUUAUCCAGGAAAUUAUAGUAAUAAUCUCUUCUGUGUCUGGAAGAUUGAAACUGUGGAAGAUCAGAAACUUCACCUUCACUUUGAAAGAUUUUCACUAAGUGAUAAAAAAGACAGAGUAAAAGUUUACAGUGGAAAGACGAACAGGUCAACUGUACUGUUUGAUUCAUUGAAAACUGACAAUGUGCCUUUUGAAGGUGUGAUAAGUGACGGGCCUGCACUUCGCAUUGAGUUCACCUCAGACAAGACAAGAACCGCUGGAGGAUUUAAUAUUCGGUUUGAAGCCUUUGAACGUGGACACUGCUAUGAGCCUUAUAUUCACAAUGGGAACUUUACAACAUCUGAUUCUACCUAUAAUAUUGGAACAGUGGUUGAAUUUCUGUGUGAGCCAGGUUACUCACUGGAGCAGGGGCCAUCCAUCAUUGAGUGCAUUAAUAUGAGAGAUCCUUAUUGGAACGACACAGAGCCUCUGUGCAGAGCAUUAUGUGGUGGGGAACUAUCUACAGCAGCUGGAAUAAUUUUGUCUCCAAACUGGCCGGAACAAUAUUCAGAAGGAGAAGACUGCAUCUGGAGGAUCCAUGUUGGAGAGGAAAAGGGUAUAUUCCUUGACAUUCAGUUUUUAAACCUCACUAACAGUGACAUUCUAACUGUUUAUGAUGGAGAUGAAGUUACAUCAAGGGUACUAGGACAGUACAUUGGCACAACAAGUCCACAGAAGCUCUUCUCCUCAACCCCUGACCUUACUGUUAGGUUCCACUCUGACCCAGCAGGUCUCUAUUUUGGAAAAGGCCAAGGAUUCCUCAUGAACUAUAUAGAGGUAUCCAGAAACGAGUCCUGUCCAGAUCUCCCAGAAAUUCAAAAUGGAUGGAAAACUACCUCUCACAAUGAACUAGUCAGAGGAUCAAAGAUCACCUAUCAAUGUGACCCAGGAUAUGACAUAGUAGGAAGUGACACCCUCGCCUGCCAGUGGGAUCUCACCUGGAGUAGUGACCCUCCUUUUUGUGAAAAAAUUAUGUACUGUACUGAUCCGGGGGAAGUAGAGCAUUCCAUUCGUUCCAUUUCUGAUUUGAAACUUCAGGUGGGAACUACUAUUCAAUAUGCCUGCACUCCUGGCUUUGUAUUGGAGGGGAGCUCUCUUCUGACUUGUUACAGUCGAGAGGCUGGGACCCCAAUAUGGACAUCCAGACCACCACACUGUGUUUCUGAAGAGUCUUUGGCAUGUGACAAUCCUGGGUUACCAGAUAAUGGUUACCAAAUUCUUUAUAAGCGUCUCUAUCUGCCUGGAGAAUCCUUAACUUUCAUGUGCUACGAGGGGUUUGAGCUAAUCGGAGAGGUCACCAUUAAAUGUAUACUAGAUCGUCCAUCACACUGGAGUGGGCCGCUUCCUAUGUGUAAAGCAAACCAAGAGAGUUUUGAACAUGCUUUGGAGGUUGCAGAAGCAGCAGCAGAAACGUCACUUGAAGGUGGAAACAUGGCACUAGCUAUUUUUAUCCCCAUUAUUAUUAUUUCUCUGUUGCUUGGAGGAGCAUAUAUCUAUAUCACAAGGUGUCGCUAUUACUCCAAUUUACGCCUGCCACUGAUGUACUCUCACCCUUAUAGUCAGAUUACUGUUGAAACAGAAUUUGACAAUCCUAUUUAUGAAACAGGGGACACAAGAGAGUACGAAGUUUCAAUAUAAAGACAAAAACUGCUGACCAAGAUGUGGAUGCUGCACUUUUGCAGAAAGCCUCCUUUGUUCACAACCUCAGACUAAGAAGCUUCAUUAAACUUAUCCAUAUGGAUUUUCCUUUAAAGUAUUUUCCUUUAAACUAGAUUCAGACUCUUACUUCAGCAUUUCUUCUACAGAAAAGCAACAGCAAGAUGCAGAUAAAAUGCACUAAUAAUAUUUCUGAAAAGGCAAGGUUCUGCAUAAGUUUUUUUUUUAAGACAGAAUCUUAUCCCAGAUCUCCAUGUAUAGCUGGAGAAAGGAUUAAUCAAUCCAUACAGCCUACAGCUUUCUUUGAUGAAGUAAAUAAAUGUGCAGACUCAUACAUGGCAGCACAGUUCGAGAUUCAGCUUGGUCUGUAGGGAUGUCUAAUGAGAAAGGAAUGUAAUCUCCAAGCUGUGUUGGUUUGAUUGAUCCUUUGUGCCUAUUAUAAAAGCGCUGUCAUCCACGCUCAUUGUACAGAUGGUGGGAGUAUCAAAAGUACGCAGCUGAGCCAUUGCAAUGCAGACUGCUAAUGAAGAUGACUUUUUUUGCAGGCAAUUGUUUCUAACAAAUUGUAAUUUCAUACCUUAUUUGGGCUCAGCAGAAUUGGUUUUAUUCAGUGUUAUGCUUUAUUUUAAAACUUCUAUAAUUUCUCUCAAAAGAAUAAUGCUACUUUGGCAACAUCAGACCUUUUUCCCUGUAGCUAAUACUUUCAAAAAGGGAUUGUCUUUGCAGUCAGGUGUGAUGCAAUGUGCCAAAAUGGGUAAAGCAGCUAAAACGCAGCAUUUUUAUACUAAAACUCAAAUUGUUGUAAUAUAUUUUGCAAAUACAUCCAUAAGGGACUACCAAAACUUGAAUAUGACAGAAUUUUACCUCCCAUUUUUUUAUUCAUUAAUGUAGAAUAGUCAUCUGACACAUUUGUCUUUGGUAAUAUUAAACAACAAGGUGAUGAAAAUGUCAAUGCUCAUGUGGCAACUAACAAUAAUAUUCCAUGAUUAUCUUCCUGCGUAGACAACAAAAGAACUUAAACUGAUCUUUCUUUUUAAUGCCUUCCUUCCUUCAUGUCUGUCUUUCCAAGUUGUGAAAAGAUGCCAUAUUAAUGAUUUGGACCAGUAAUUAAAGGUGCAGAAUUUGAAAUGUAUCAAAAUAAUAUUUAAAAAUAUCCACAUAAUUUUAUCACUAAACACUGUUAUAAAAGCAGCAGUUUAUUUACCAUAACUAUGUUUUUGCUUAUGUUAUUGUAAAAAAAUCAUAUAAGAUACUAUUUUGUCAGAAAUUGAACAUUGUCAUUCAGAGAAUAAAACAAUGUAUCUUUCUUUAGAGAAAAAUGUCAUGAAAUGUCCAAGAACUGACAUUUCAAACAGACCAGGGCACAACAGUUGUGAAGGGUAACUGUCACAGAGUUGAUAGAACUGAAUGGGAUGUGUAAUAAGCAUUGAUUUUGUUUCUUAAUUUAUUUGUAUACACCUUCAAAAGUUUUGCCAGAAGGGCCUGACUAAAAUUAGGGCACCUCAUUCCAUGGGUACAAGGAAAAGAAGGGUACAUACCUAUGUGCAAUAUAAUGUUUUGUUUGAGAAGUGUAAGAAGCAGUAGCAAUUGCAGAUUAAAUGACAUAUUAUAUUCAGCUACAAGAAAAACAGUCAAACAGAUUUAAUUAUACAGUACACCAUAUAAGCAAUAUUUACAUGUAAAGAAGAUGCCAAAUGUUAACUUCUAGUUAGUCAAAAUUUUGCACUUUCACCAGUGAAGAAGACCAGUGGGAGCAAAGUAACUAACAGCCUCACUUCACUUUGCUAUAGAAGACAAAUAGAUACAGUAUUAUUCUAUGCUAUGACAGUACAAUGGCUACUGCUGUUUGUAUCUGUUACCAUAAUCAUACAACUAGUACUUUUCUGUUCUGCCCUACUGUGCCACUGGUAUAAUUUCACAAAUUAUUUAGCUCUCUGAUUAUUGCUUUAAUAGUGCCCAUUCCUCCUCCACUUGAUUUCACACUUUUGCCACCCCUUUAUAACUUUAUUUUAUUCUCAGUUCUUGUUGCAACAGGCCUACAAGCAGUAAUAGGAAGGAAUAGUCAUCAUGUUAGAAAGAAGAAGAUGAUGAUGAUGAUGAUGAUGAUGAAUGGAUUUAAAACAAGGUUAGUGGAUACAUUUCUGACUGCAUAUAUGACACGGUUAGCUUCAGGGUGUACACUAACAUGGUAUUUUAUGAGACCUGGCAAUUGAUGAAUAGAUGAGGCACAGCUAAGAUUCAUAUGCUUUAUACUAGCUGGUUAAUGAUUGGUACAGUAAACACAAAUAUAGUUUCACAUUAUGAUUGUUUUAGUAAUUUUGAUGCUUAAAUUAGAAUGCAGUAAUAGAAUUCACUAUUUAGGAUACCAGACUAGAUAGAAACACUGAAGAAUGGGUUGACUGAGCUUCUCUUUUCAUCCAUAUGCCAGAUAGAUAAAUAAAUAAUAAGAUAAAUCUAAUGUUAAUAACAUUUGUACCACAGAAAAUAUAUGAAAAGACUUAGGGAUUAUAAAAUCAAAUGUCCUAAACCUGAGCGUUACCUUAGACAAAUGGUACAUGUAACAGAGAUUAGCAAUCUAUUAAAAAAAAAACUUCACCAGCAGAUGCACUAGUGGUAGGUCGUAUCUGUAAGGUUUUUGGGAAGCUGCAUGCAGACUAUUUUUUAUUGCAGUCUCUGACACUAGAAAAGCCAUAAGGUCCAACAGACCACCUUCAUGAAGCCAACACUACCCAGUGUAACAUAUACAACCCCAUCAUACCUGUUCUGAUGCCCUCCACUGACUGUUUGAGACACAAGAACUCCUAGCCAAUGGCCUAAAUCUUAGGUUAUAGAGUAUAUGUGAUAGCUGUAGACUAUCAUCUUAGGAGGUAAGCAGUGAGGCCCCAUAUAUCAGUUAUCAUAAUAUGCACAAGACAUACAAAUGUUAAUAAUCUCACUGCCACCCUCCAAAUUUAACUAGCAUUACCACUAUCAAGCCCCUAGCACCACAGACCACUCAUCCCCCUGCAGCUAAACUUUAUCAAUCACCAGUGGCCCUUCCAGAGCCAUUUCCAAACCCAGUUCACUAGUAUUCCUAACAGAGAGCCUACCUCUGUGUUACUAGGCCAGCAUAUACACUAUUACAUUUGUUGCAAGCAAAACUAUAGCAAAGAAUUGGUGAAAGGGGCAGAUGCCCUGCAUUCACCCUUUUACAGGGAAUGAUCAGCACAAACAGGUGUUAAUUAGUCCUUCCAAGCAAUAUCAGCAAUCAUUUAUGCAGCCAUAAUUGCAGCUGCUUAAAUGACUACCAGUCAAUGUUUCUGUGUAAGGAAUUGCAGCAAGGAGCUAGUGUAACUUCUUGCCACAAUGUUACAGUCUAGCAAAGGUGUUUGUCACAGUGUAGCAAAGAGCUAUUAUGUAGAUAGCUUUGUUUGACCUGCAGAAUUUUUGUUUUUUAUUUAUUUAUUUUUUAUUUGAUAUUCUGCAGAGAUGAGCUAUUACAACAAAGGUAGUGACACAGCUAACAGCUGUUACAUGUUUGCCUCACCUUUGAGAGGACUUUUGUUUUUUGGUCCCUUCAAAUUGGGAAGCGGUACCAAAUGGGGGCAUUUCACUGGGUACUAACUAACCUUACUACAAGUUUGAAUACAGGGACAAAAGAAUAACAAAAUACCGCAUUCAGUGAAAAGAUAUUUUUGCAUGUGACAGCUUGCUACCUAUUAUGUUAAAAGGCAAAAUACUGUUAUUUUUUCGGCAAGGGUUCUAAUAGCAACCAGAACAAGGUUGAGUUAAAUGAUACACCUGCUGAUAAAGAAACAUGUUUUUGAGCUGAAUUCUUCUUAUCUUCUAAUAAACCAAUAUUGUUUUCAUGUAUAUUUGCACCUAUACUGUGUAUUAGUGAUUCUGAUAUAUUUUUCAUAUUGUAUUUGUACUCUGUACGUAAUGAUGUGUUAAUAUUACCCUUUAUUCCCAUGUGCUGAACUCUCAAAGCUGCACAAAACGAUAAGCAUUUGUUCCAUGUUCUUUUCUGCCCAAAAUUUGUAAAUAAGUAAAUAAAAAUAAUUAAUAAAAUGAAUGGAUAUCUUAUGUCACAAUUGUUACUACAUAACAAUAAAACAUUUUUUAAUUCCUU